UUCCUUCCAAGUCAAAUAAAGUAACCAAGCACAGAAGGACGCCCAUCUCUGGUCUUCCUCUUCGUCUUCCUUCUCCUCUUCGUGCCUUAAAGUGCGACAGGAGGAGAGGAACACAAGAAAUGGUCUCCAAAACCCCCCCGAAGUCCAUCCGCCGCAGCACCAGCAACAGCAAGAGGAAGUGCAGUAAGUCCUCAUCCCCCCUCAAGGCCGCCAUCGACCGCUCCGUCCGCUCCUGCCGCCGCCGCCUCGUCAAGAUCUUCUCCCGCCUCGCUAUCCUCGGCCGUUCCGCUUCCAACACCCCCAACCCCCACAAGCUCGGGUUCCGCCGCCUCAGCACCACCACCGUCAAAGGCCCCCCGCAGCCACCUUCGCCACCGGCCGCGGCAGCCCCGCUCCCUCCGCCGUCGUUCCCGGAGAAAAAGACCGUCUUUUUGGACCUCGACGAGACCCUGGUCCACUCCCGCACCGACCCCCCACCCGAGCGCUACGACUUCGCGGUCCACCCCUCCAUCGACGGCCGCGUCGUCCCCUUCUAUGUCCUCAAGCGGCCGGGCGCCGACGAGCUGCUCAGGACGGCAGCCAAAGCCUUCGAGGUGAUCGUGUUCACCGCGGGGCUGAGGGAGUACGCCUCGCUCGUGCUCGACCGCCUUGAUCCGGGCGGGGAGCUCAUAUCCCACCGGCUGUACCGGGACUCAUGCAAGGAGAUGGAGGGGAAGCUGGUUAAGGACCUGUCGGUUGUGGGAAGGGCCUUGGACCGGGCGGUGCUGGUGGACGACAACCCGAACGCCUACGCGCUGCAGCCGGAGAAUGCACUGCAGGUGGCCCCCUUCUCCGACGAUCUCGCCGACCAGGAGCUCCGCAAGGUGAUGAAGUUCUUCGAGGUGGCGGUGCUUUUCGAGGACAUGCGGGACGCGGUGGCUUAUUAUCGCUCCGAGUACGCGGAUCGCAAGUUGCUGGCAGCCGUCACAACAGUAUCAAAGUUGCCGACUGAUGAGCAUCCGAGAUUGCCGGUGAUGAGCUAGUAUCAUCGGAGGAGAUGGCGAACGGCCCUCAGGUUCUUCCUGAACUUGCUGUUCAUCGUGAUAGAAAUCUAGGUUUCUCUGGUGGAAAAUUUGAUGCAUUUCUGCAAUGCUCGCAGCAAAAAAUGCGAUUUGACGAUUGUGUUGUUCAUCAAAACAAAUCUAUCCAUUGCAACUC